AUGCCCUCCAAGGACAAGGGUAAGGGAGGAAGCACGGACAAAGCAGCGGGAGCGGCCGCGGCGGCUGAGCAAGCUGCUCUGGCAGCACCAAAAAUAAUCAUUGAGGCCGCGCUUGAUUGGGAAAAAAUGGAGGUGGAGAUGGCUCAUGACAUGUCCAGAGUGGACAGUGAGAACAAGGAAGUCGAAAGUUGGGAGGCCGCAACACCAGGAAGAGCUGAUAGAGCGGCGCUCCUGUGGACCCAACGCCAGGCGUCCAAGGUGGCUAGUCUCGGGAACGGGGACAGGUCGCUGACAUCCUCGUCUUCGCCCGAAAACGUGGCAACAUCCAGCCCCACGACAAGCUCCAACGUUAGCGUCAACCCUAAACCGGUGCCCUCAGCACUCAUCAGCGACGAAGAAAUGAAGAAAAGGGCCGACGAGAGGGUGGCUCUGAGACAAACGACGAUGGAGUUCGAGAAGAAGUGGGAGGCCGACAGGGUUGAUAUGGUGGAGGCUGGAAUGCAAGAGAUGGCCAUGCAGCUGGAGUAUAUUCGCGGACGCGAGGAAAGCAUCAAACAGGCUCGGCUGCCGUUCCUCCGCGACAGGGAAACAAUUGUGCAAGACCUCAUUGCGAAGAUGAGAGCGCGAAAGGAAGCUGUGGAGGAAGAACGGGCGGCGCUGGAACCCACCACAAAGGGUGGCAAGACCAAACAGGCGACGAAGGGGAAACCCGGGAAAAAGUGA